AUGAUCCCAGCAGUCCUACAGCCCGCCCUUGCGGAUAUUCCAGCCGCCAUCAACGCCGACUUGGAAUUUCAAACAUCGGCCAAUGGAGUAACCGCGAAGUUCGCCAUCCAAGAUGCCGGUUCAGAGACUGCGCUACAAAUCUCAAUCCAUGAUGGCCUAGUUACCGAGGCGCAGAUAGCUCAGCCUGCAGGGGAUGCCGAAUUUACACUCUCAGCACGCCAAGAUGACUGGAAGGAAUUUUUCGCGGCUGUUCCCCGCGCGCCAUGGCAGUCGUAUUGGGGCAUGUUGCGGGUCUUGGGGCAUAAUCCCGGUAUGCAGGUACUAGGAGAUAUGGCAUCGUUCAUUCGACACGCUCGUUUAUGGAGGAUAUCCCUUGAUCGAAUUCGAGACGCCAUUCAUUCAAGGCCACUUUCCGCAGAUCACGUCGAAUAUGAGGAAAUAACAGAAGAAGAUAGCAUAAUCGGUCGGUACGUCUGGUUAGACUCUGUUGGCUGGGGAAAGAGUAAAGUCUUCUGCGAAUCUGCCGGCACAGGCCCGCAACAUGUUUUAUUUCUCCACACAGCAGGCGCAGAUUCCCGCCAGUUCCACGCUUUGAUGAAUAAUUGUGAGUUGCAGCAACGCUGUACGAUGUUCGCCUUCGAUCUUCCGGGCCACGGACGCUCAUACCCAGGUUCAAAAACGCAACCCGAGGGCUUCGUAAACGAUGAGGAGCAAUACGUUAGUGCGAUCAAGCAAGUCAUCGAGAAACUAAAACUUCACCGCCCUAUAGUGUCAGGUGCCAGUAUGGGGGGGCAGGUGUGCCUUGCAGUGGCGCUGCGUGCGGAAGAACUAGGCGUCAGCGGCGUUAUUCCAUGUGAGGCUUGCGAUCACCUGCCACUCACUCAGCCGAUAUAUCACUUACCGGGGGAUCAAAAUGAGGCCAUUCUUAACGCUGAAAGAGUCUGUGGAAUGAUCUCUCCGACAGCUCCCAUGUCGAACAGGAAACUAAUCUGGUGGAUAUAUUCAUCCCAAGCUGUACAAAUGUUCCAUGGAGACCUGAAAUUUUACUUUCAGGGCUGGGAUGGACGGGAUCGAAUGCAUCUCAUCAACACGAAAAUUUGUCCUGUCUAUAUGCUCACCGGCGUGUAUGAUUAUUCGUGUACACCAGAGCUAAGCCGGGAAACGGCAUGCAAGAUUCCAGGAGCGAAGUUCGAAGUGAUGAGGGAUCUUGGGCAUUUCCCAAUGACUGAGAAUCCAACAGUCUUCCUAGAAUACUUUAUUAAAGGGCUCGAGCACAUAAAGAGUGCCCAGUAA